CAGCGACAUCCGGAGCAAUUUUCGCAAUAAUAACAGCUAUCGUCCACCGUCUACCUGUCUUACCUCUCCUUUACGCAGGCUCUAUCGAAGUACCGCCCCUUGAGCGUAUCUCUACAGUGCGCAGUGGGGUUUUUAUUUGCCCUUUCGCCGUAGGGAAUCUUAUCCGUUCGCGGACAAAUACUCCUUUGGAGACUCCAACCGACCCCUCCUACCCCAUAUUCGAACGAAUCCCGUUGAUCACGCCCCUCCUGUACUCGAGCUCCGACAACAUGGACGUGAAGGAAAUAGAAUUCAAGUCUAAGGCGUUGACGAAGGCUGCGACGUCCGGCGAGACCUCAGCAACGUUGAUAUCACUGCUCAGGGAGCUACAAAAAGGUGUGCGGCCGACAGAGGACCUCCUGCGUUCUACAAAAAUCGGUAUCAUUGUCAACAAGCUGAAACAGCAUAAGUCGCCCGACGUUGCUCGUCUGUCUAGUGAAAUCGUCUCGAAAUGGCGGAGCGAAGUCAACAAGCAAAAAGCCGCUGCAGGUGGUUCGCCGGCCGCAAGCCGGAGAUCCAGCGAUUCGCCCAAGCAGAUUCCCAACGGCAUCGCGCCACCAGCGCCCACGGCGUCGGAUAAGCUGGCCAAAUCCACCGUGCCUCCAGACAAGCGCAGUUGGAAAGCUGAUCAGCUUACCAUCACCCAUACCCAAAAUAAAUCCCGCGAUAGCUGCAUCGGGCUGAUCUACGACGGCCUUUGCCUAAAUUCCACCGAGCCGCCGCGCAUCGUCCUCCAAAAAGCCAUCGAAGUCGAAUUAGCCGCGUACACUUGCCUCGGCCCAGAAACGAAGGAACAAUACCGCACCAAGAUGCGUAGUCUGUUCCAGAACCUGAAAAACAAAUCCAACCCAGGCCUGCGUGUGCGCGUGCUCUCCAACGAAGUCACUGCUGAAAAAUUCGUGCGUAUGACGCAUGACGAGCUCAAGUCGGACGCACAGCGCGAGGAGGAACGCAGGAUCCACAAGGAGAAUAUGGAUAAGGCUAUGGUUGCGAAGGCGGAGCGGAGUGUCAGUACCAGCUUGCAGUGCGGCAAGUGCGGACAGAGGAAGGUCACGUAUACGGAAGCGCAGACGAGGAGUGCGGAUGAGCCGAUGACGUUGUUUUGCACGUGUACCGUAUGCGGGAAGUCAUGGCGCCAAUAAGACGUGAUCAAUCUCCCUCUUUUUGAUUGGAGCCCUUCGGAAAUUGGGGCCAAUCAGUACUUCUUGUUUCCGAUCUUCCUUUGUAUUUUGUGUUAUUUUAUUUUGUUUUAUCUUCCCCUCUAACUGUAUUUAUUUGUGUCCUGUCCUUUUUCCAUUUCUACCCUUUUUUUCUUUUCUUUUACAAAUAUCUUGCCUACCAUGCGUCAUCUAGAGGUGGCAUUCUGUUUUCCAUCUUUUUAUUUUCCCCGUCCACUGUUAAAAGGGGGCCUCUUUCUCAUUUUUCUCAUACUCAGUACUUUUUAAACGGUGUUUAUCAUUGGGGGGUGUGUUUUCAUGUCUAGUGGGCGUUUAUUUUCAUUUUCAUUUUCAUUUUAUCUUUUUCAUUUUUUCAUUGAACGGGUUGCUUUGAACAUUAUUUUCCUUUCUUUCUGCCACUACUCUCCACGGCACUCCAUCGCCUGUUACUUUUUAAUUUCUAGGGGCUCCGGAGUUAUUUCUUUUAUUUUCUUUUUUCUUUCCCUUAAACCUGCAACGGCUUUAGGGAGUUUUAAUUUCUUCCUUUUGAAUCAUUUACCUCCCUAAUUGAUGUAUCUGGGUAUGGCCAUAUGACUGUCAUACCUGGAAAAUGGUAUCUCUGGAGGAUGAACAUGGUUUUGUUGGCUUUUGAUAAAUAAAGUGGAAUAAUUAUUGUUUGUGUCGUAUUCGCCUACUUCCGCAACUUGGGCUACUGGCCUGAUGGACUUUACUUUUAGAGAACUCCUACUUCUGCAAAAGAAAGCAGGAAGAAAACCCACAAAGAAAGCGUCAGUGGGGUGGACAAAAUAAAAUUAGUUGGUAAAUCUAUCUUUCAAAUAUUUGAUAAUAUUGCUCGCUCUAUUCAUUCCCUCCCUGAAAGUCUCUUUGAUUCCCGCUCUGGGUUGUCAUCCAUGUGCCGUUUACGUACAUAUCAGAUCACAUCCAACACCAUGCUAACAAAACUCCAUUCAAUCAAACCAUCUGUCUACCCCUCACACACAUUGCACAUAUGCCACGGACAGAUUCACCACCUCUUAUCCACCAAUAUCUAUCUUUUCCCUAGCUUCCUCAACGCCCCUCUCACCUUCCUCCCCAAACGCAUCCGGAAAGAACCCUGGCGGCGGCCAAAUAUCCGCAAUCGACGGUGGACACAUGAUCUUGUUGAGGAUCGUUUGCUUCCCCUUGCCCUCCUCCUCCAUUCCGUCCUCCUGGUUCUGUCCCGGGAGCUCUUCAGCACUGUUCCCUGUGGAACUGCCAUUGUCAUGGUUGUUG